AUAAAAUGGAACAAAGCGAAAUGGUAAUUGAUAAUGAUUCAAAUGGAGUUCGUUACGUUGUAAUCGAUGAAAACUUAGAAAGUGAUAGAGCAUCCAAUAGCUAUUCAUUUACAGUACUUGGUUCAACAGUUUUUGAUCACAAUUUAUCGCCAUCGCAAGACCUACAUCAUGAUCUUCAGCAACAGCAACAGCAACAGCCAACAACUCGUUAUUUGGCUCGAUGCGGUACUUGUGAUGCACUCUUCAAUGCGCAAGAAUAUAUAAAUCACACCAAAGUUUGCAAACUAGAAAAAAAUUACAGAUGUAAUAUGUGCGAGAAGGAAUAUAAUAAAGAGCAUAAUUUAAAGUUACACCAUCUUGGACAACAUGAUAAAGCGAAGGUUGAAAAUAAUAAGUAUGUUUGUUCGCUAUGCCCCAAGAAGUAUUCUAGAUUAGCUGCUUAUUAUGCUCAUUUACAAAUUCAUGGACUGAAUGAUUCUCUUCUUUGUUCAUUUUGCAAAGAAGAGUUCGAUUUUCAGGCACUUUUAAACAAACAUUUACGUCUGCAACACUAUUAUCCUCGACUGGAAGAAGUUUCUACUGUUGAAAUAUGUGAAAAAUGUGGUAUUGCUAUGUUGAGCAAAGAAUCAAUGAGUGAACAUGAGCAGAUGCAUCGAAAGAUUAAUAAAACAAUGAAAAGAAGCAAGAGAAAACGGGAAACACAUCAUGCUGACGCAGCUCAUAAAUGUGAAGUUUGUGGCAAGACUUUUAGAAAAAAUUUCGAAUUGAUUCGGCAUUAUGUUGUUCAUACAAGAGAACGCCGAUUCACGUGUGAAAUUUGCGGAAAACGAUUUUCGCAAAAAGCUUCAUUAAGCCAGCAUAUGUUGAUGCACAGCUCUUCAACUGCAAGGAUCAUUGUUUUUCAGGCUGGAAAUUUACGUCGGCAUGUGAAACUUUUACAUCCACCAGAUGCCACAUCUCGUACAGUUUUUCGUUGUCCAGAAUGCUCUUGUGUGUUCAGUUCGGUGCAGCCACUUCAAGUACAUGUGAGAAAACGACAUCCAGAACAAGGUCAGUUGAAUUUCUUAAAACUGUGCUAUAUAUUUAAGGAAAAUAAGCGACGUAAACUCGUUUGUUGCUGUAUGUGUGGAAAAGGUUUUGGAAAAUCAUCUGAUUUGUUACGUCAUUAUCGAAUACAUAGUGGAGAAAGACCAUUUUUAUGUAAUCGAUGUGGUCGAGAUUUUAAUUUGAAAUCAUCACUGAAGUUACAUAUGGAUAGCCAUGUACGAGCUGACCAUCCAGAUAAUUAUUAUACAUGUGCUCGAUGUCCGUUAGCUUCGACUCCAUCUUUACGUCGACACCUGAAGAUCCAUGAAAAACCCUUGGAGCAUUGUGGAGUGUGCUCGCAAAUUUUUCUUAGUAAAAAAGCAUUGGAACAACAUCAAAUAGCUUGUUUAACUGCUAAUGCUGAAGUUGGAUCGUCAGGAAGCCUACUCGAACUGUUGCCACCGACAGAAAGUGUCAGUGUAAGCCGUGAACCAGAACCUAGACCGUAUAAAUGUCGCACUUGCACUGCAUCAUUUUCUACACUCCGAUGUUUGAAAGAACAUAUUAACCGGCACACAGGCAUCAAACCGCAUAUUUGUCGUUUAUGCUACAAGUCAUUUUAUUCUUUAGCCCAGUUAAAGUGUCACAGUGGAAUACAUACUAAUAAACGGCUCUUCAAAUGUUCAAAUUGUGAUCAAGCGUUCAGACGACAUGCUCAGUUAAAGGCGCACACUAAUAAAUAUCAUUCGCGACCCAAAAGUUUAGUCAAUUUUGAAUCAUUUUCAUGGCCAGCCGACAAUUUGUUUAGCAAAAGUGUGCAAGAAGAUAAUGUAAACUUCAGUGAAAAUGAUCUUACUGAUUUCGAUUUCGCAACGUUGGAUAGUAGCUCGAAGCAGUUGGAUAUUGGAAAUUCACCUGAGCCAUCAUACAUGAGCAGUUACCUCCUGUCUCAAAACUGUGAUCUUGUGAAUAACAUGGCUUUAGAAAAAUCUCAAGAAACUCGUUGUCCAGUGUGUUUUUUCAGUUUUAAUUCAGACACAACACUAGUUACUCAUUUAUAUAAUAUGGCUUCUGAUCCUCUACACAGUCUUCCUAUUUUGGCAUGUAACCAUUGCACGAAAACUUUUCCUGGAUCAGUGGGCCUUGCAGACCAUUUGCAGUCAUUCCACUCUUCGCGAACACAUGCUUGUGAUGUUUGUGAUCGACGAUUCAAAAAGCCAUCAGAUUUGGUUCGACAUAAGAGAAUUCAUACAGGUGAGAAACCGUUUUCGUGUGGAAUAUGUGACCGGUCUUUUCGUGUUAAAUCAACUUUGUAUCAGCAUUUGAAAAUACACGAGGAUAUGGGUAAUGCUCGAGAAAUGUGUACUGUGUGUAAACGAUGUUAUUGUUCACUGUCGGCCUUACGGCAGCAUCUUUAUAUAGCACAUGCAGAAGAAAAGUCAUUCAAGUGUUCGCAUGAAACGUGUAACGAAAGAUUCAAGACUUCUCGUAGUCGUGAUGCUCACGUGAGACAAUUUCAUUCUUACGGGCCAGUUGAAGACAUUAGUAAUGUUCCAACUUCACUAAGCACUGAUGCUCAGUUUCGGGAGACAGCUGCUCAACUUGCACCUGAUCCGAAAAAUUCCGAUUUUGUGCAGCCAUCAUUUAAUUCUGCUUUCUCACGUACUGUGAAUAAGGACAUAAUUAGUACAGCGACGCAUCUUAUCUUAAGGUUACAACCACAUCUAAAUUCACAUACUAUUGAAGUGACGAUUAAUGUUGUUUCUGUUAACGAUAUCAGUGAAAUAAAUAAUUCUGAUGCGAUUAUUAUCCCAAUGCAAAUACUACGGUCUUUAUCUCCGGAAACUGUUAUGCUUCGCAUUGCUGUUUCUUAUCCAUUUUUAAAUGCUGGGUCGUUUAUGAUCGUUGAUUCACAGCGCAUGUUUUCUCUUCUCGCUACAAAAGAAAUGGAUACAAUACUAGUGCCUCUAAAUGCAUCUAUCGAGAUGACCAAUUUGCCAUUAUGUUUAUACACAACUGAGCGAGUUUUUGAUUCAUUGGCCCAACCAUCUACGUUCGUAUCCAACUGUGUUGUUUGUAAUGAAAAUUUCACGAGCCAGGAAGAAAGUGAUGCACACUUUAGUAGUGCAGAUCAUGAAACCGCACAGUUCUUCUCCCUGUCACAGUUAACUCGUCAUUUGGACCCAACGGCAUCCGUUAGCACCGAUGAAUUCCAGCCGUUUAUGACGAAAACAGAAGUGUGUAAACUUUGUCUAGGGCAUUUUCAAGAUCGAGAAAGCUUAUUAGCACAUAUUCGUCGAGAACAUGAACGUGACAGUAUUGAUUUGCUCGAUCGUAAUGACUUGUUAACCCGCUGCCGUACUUGCGUGGAAAUUUAGUG